GACCUGACGUCACGAGUGCUAUAAAACUCCGCAAUUGCUUUAAACUCUUCUUGCUUGGAUCAGAGGCUUUAAAAUCUUUUUUCAUCUUCGAGCUGUAGCUCGGGCUGCUCGUCGGCUUGGCCUCCCCCUCCCCCCUUUGCUCUCUGCCUCGUCUUUCCCCAGGACUUCGCUAUUUUGCUUUUUUUCUUUAAAAAAAAAAAAAAAAAAAAAAAAAGGCAAGAAAGAACUCAACUGCCCCCUCCCUCUCCUCCAGCCGGGCUGCACCUCUGCCUUGCACUUUGCACGGAGGGAGACAGCGCGCGCGCGAGGGAGAGAGAGGAAAGAAAAAUAAUAAUAAAAGAGAGCUGCGCAGAAGAGGAGGCGAGAAGCAUGAAGUGUUAACUCCCCCGUGCCAAGGCCCGCGCCGCCCGGACUGCCGCCCGCCGCGCCUCCAGCCCCGAGCGGCCGCCGCGCGCGCCCCGCCUGCAGCCCGGGCCGGCGAGGCGAGCCCUUCCUUAUGCAAAGCGCGCAGCGGAGCGGCGAGCGGGGGACGCCGCGCACCGGGCCGGGCUCCUCCGGCUUCGCCGCCGCUACCGCCGCCACCGCCGCCGCCGCCACAGCCCGCGGAGGACCUUCCCGAGCCUGAAGUCGCCGGCUCGGCGCGCACGGAGGCGAGCGAGCGAGCGAGGAGGGGCCGGGGCGAGCGAGCGAGCACAUUGGCGUGAGCAGGGGGAGGGAGGGCGGGCGCGGGGGGCGCGGGCAGGGCGGGGGGGUGUGAGCGCGCUCCGAGGUUUCGGGCCAGCCACCGCCGCGCGAGCUAGAAGCGCCCCAGCCCGGCAAGCUGGCUCACCCGCUGGCCACCCAGCACAGCCCGCUGGCCCCUCUCCUGCAGCCCAUCUGGCGGAGCGGCGGCGGCGGCGGCGGCGGCAGGAGAAUGGCAUCAGAACUGGCAAUGAGCAACUCCGACCUGCCCACCAGUCCCUUGGCCAUGGAAUAUGUUAAUGACUUCGAUCUGAUGAAGUUUGAAGUGAAAAAGGAACCGGUGGAGACCGACCGCAUCAUCAGCCAGUGCGGCCGUCUCAUCGCCGGGGGCUCGCUGUCCUCCACCCCCAUGAGCACGCCGUGCAGCUCGGUGCCCCCUUCCCCCAGCUUCUCGGCGCCCAGCCCGGGCUCGGGCAGCGAGCAGAAGGCGCACCUGGAAGACUACUACUGGAUGACCGGCUACCCACAGCAGCUCAACCCCGAGGCGCUGGGCUUCAGUCCCGAGGACGCGGUCGAGGCGCUCAUCAGCAACAGCCACCAGCUCCAGGGCGGCUUUGAUGGCUACGCGCGCGGGGCGCAGCAGCUGGCCGCGGCGGCCGGGGCCGGCGCCGGCGCCUCCCUGGGCGGCAGCGGCGAGGAGAUGGGCCCCGCCGCCGCCGUGGUGUCCGCCGUGAUCGCCGCGGCAGCCGCGCAGAGCGGCGCGGGCCCGCACUACCACCACCACCACCACCACGCCGCCGGCCACCACCACCACCCGACGGCCGGCGCGCCGGGCGCCGCGGGCAGCGCGUCCGCCUCGGCCGGGGGCGCGGGGGGCGCGGGCGGCGGCGGCGGCGGCCCGGCCAGCGCUGGGGGCGGCGGCGGCGGAGGAGGAGGAGGAGGAGGCGGCGGCGGGGGCGCGGCGGGGGCGGGGGGCGCCCUGCACCCGCACCACGCCGGCGGCGGCCUGCACUUCGACGACCGCUUCUCCGACGAGCAGCUGGUGACCAUGUCGGUGCGCGAGCUGAACCGGCAGCUGCGCGGGGUCAGCAAGGAGGAGGUGAUCCGGCUGAAGCAGAAGAGGCGGACCCUGAAAAACCGCGGCUAUGCCCAGUCCUGCCGCUUCAAGAGGGUGCAGCAGAGACACGUCCUGGAGUCGGAGAAGAACCAGCUGCUGCAGCAAGUCGACCACCUCAAGCAGGAGAUCUCCAGGCUGGUGCGCGAGAGGGACGCGUACAAGGAGAAAUACGAGAAGUUGGUGAGCAGCGGCUUCCGAGAAAACGGCUCCAGCAGCGACAACCCGUCCUCUCCCGAGUUUUUCAUAACUGAGCCCACUCGCAAGUUGGAGCCAUCAGUGGGAUACGCCACAUUUUGGAAGCCCCAGCAACGUGUACUUACCAGUGUGUUCACAAAAUGAAAUUUGUGUGAAAGCUGUGCAUUAAAAAAAAAAAAAAAAAAAAAAAAAAAAACCUUUAUUAUUAUGAUGUGCAGUCAUGGAGAACCACCUACCCCUGACUUCUGUUUAGUCUCCUUUUCAAAUAAAAAUUACUGUUAGAGAAGAA